CCGCCGCCGCCCCGCGGCCCCUUUCUGCCCUCAGCGCCCCGGCGCCGCAGCCGGGCGGAGCGCGGCGCCCGGGAUGGCCGCCGUGGUGCUGGAGGUGGACCCGGAGCCCGGCUGCAGCCUGCCGCCGCCCGCCUGCCCCUCGCCCAGCCUCUCCCACCGCUUCCUCGACAGCAAGUUCUACCUGCUGGUGGUCGUCGGCGAGCUGGUCACCGAGGAGCACCUGCGGCGGGCCAUCGCCAACAUCGAGCGAGGAAUCCGAUCAUGGGACACAAACUUGAUUGAAUGCAACUUGGAUCAAGAACUGAAACUUUUCGUGUCUCGCCAUUCAGCUCGAUUCUCUCCUGAAGUUCGAGGUCAAAAAAUUCUUCACCACAGAAGCGAUGUCUUAGAAACUGUAGUCCUGAUCAAUCCCUCAGAUGAAGCAGUUAGCACUGAGGUGCGUUUAAUGAUCACAGAUGCUGCAAGACACAAGCUCCUUGUGCUCACUGGACAGUGCUUUGAAAACACAGGAGAACUCAUUCUUCAGUCAGGGUCCUUCUCCUUCCAGAACUUCAUUGAGAUCUUCACAGAUCAAGAGAUCGGUGAGUUAUUAAGCACUACACAUCCUGCCAACAAAGCCAGCUUAACUCUCUUCUGCCCUGAGGAAGGGGACUGGAAAAAUUCCAACCUUGACAGACACAACCUUCAAGACUUUAUUAACAUUAAACUCAACUCGGCUUCCAUAUUGCCCGAAAUGGAAGGACUCUCUGAAUUCACAGAGUAUCUGUCAGAAUCAGUAGAAGUGCCAUCACCCUUUGACAUUUUGGAACCUCCAACCUCAGGAGGCUUUUUGAAACUCUCCAAACCCUGCUGUUAUAUUUUUCCGGGUGGAAGAGGGGACUCUGCAUUAUUUGCAGUGAAUGGAUUCAACAUGCUUAUCAAUGGAGGAUCUGAAAGAAAAUCUUGCUUCUGGAAACUUAUCCGGCAUUUAGACAGAGUCGAUUCCAUUCUGCUCACUCACAUUGGAGAUGACAACCUGCCAGGAAUCAACAGCAUGCUUCAGCGAAAGAUAGCUGAAUUAGAAGAGGAACAGUCCCAAGGAUCUACAACCAACAGUGACUGGAUGAAAAAUCUGAUCUCCCCUGAUUUAGGAGUUGUAUUCCUCAAUGUUCCUGAAAAUCUGAAGAACCUUGAUCCUAACUUUAGAGUAAAAAGGAGUGUAGAAGAAGCUUGUUUUACUCUCCAGUAUUUAAAUAAAUUGUCUAUGAAACCUGAGCCUCUUUUUAGAAAUGUAGGAAAUACCAUUGACCCCAUCAUUUUAUUUCAGAAAAUGGGAGUUGGCAAACUGGAGAUGUAUGUGCUUAAUCCUGUUAAAAACAGCAAAGAGAUGCAAUAUUUUAUGCAACAGUGGAGUGGUACUAGCAAAGAUAAAGCUGAAUUCCUGCUACCAAAUGGCCAAGAAGUAGAUAUUCCAUUAUCUUAUUUCACCUCUGUCUCCUCCCUGAUUGUGUGGCAUCCAGCUAAUCCUGCAGAAAAAAUUAUUCGAGUUUUGUUUCCUGGAAACAGUACCCAAUAUAAUAUUCUAGAAGGACUGGAAAAACUCAAACAUUUAGACUUCCUUAAACAACCAAUGGUUACACAGAAAGACCUAACUGGGAACAUUGCUAGUCCAGCUGUGAAACAAGCAAAGUUAAAACAACGAACAGACAGCAAGGAGAGCCUUAAGCCUGCUGCAAAGACACCACCAAGCAAGACAGUCAGAAAAGAAUCUAAAGAAGAAACACCGGAACCACCAAAACCUAGUCCAGCACCAGAAAAGCCUCAGAAAGUAGAAAGCAAGGAAAAAGUUCCAGUUAAAAAAGAGAAACCAGCAAAAGUGGAGACCAAACCUAUAGUGGCAGAAAAAGAUGCAACAAGUAAAGAGGAGCAGUUAGUGAAACCUGAAACUGCUGAAAAACAAGCUGCAGACGUAAAACCAAAAGUGGCAAAGGAGAAACCAGUGAAAAAAGAAGUCAAAGCAAAACCUGAAGAAAAGAAAGAGGAGAAAGAAAAACCAAAGAAAGAGGUUUCUAAAAAAGAGGAGAAAACACCCAUCAAAAAAGAGGAAAAACCCAAAAAAGAAGAGGUCAAAAAAGAAGUUAAAAAAGAGGUGAAAAAGGAAGAGAAGAAGGAAGCUAAAAAGGAAGUGAAGAAAGAAGCUCCACCAAAGGAGGCUAAAAAGGAAGUUAAAAAAGAAGAGAAGAAGGAAAUUAAGAAGGAAGAAAAAGAAGCCAAAAAAGACAUCAAAAAGCUCCCUAAAGAAACAAAGAAGACAGCUACUCCUUCAGCUGAAGCCAAAAAACCAGCAGCAAAGCCUAAACCACAAAAGAAGGAGGAACCUGCUAAGAAAGAACCAGUACCUGCUGGAAAGCCAAAGGAAAAAGGGAAAAUUAAGACUGUGAAGAAGGAGAUCAAAGUCAAUGGAGCACAAGCUGCCCUUGCUGCAGUUGGAGCUGCUACCACAACUGUAGCAACAAUAGCAGCUGCAGAAAUUGCAGCUAAUGGAAAAGAACUUGAAGCUGAGAGAUCCCUCAUGUCUUCACCAGAGGAUUUAACAAAGGACUUUGAAGAAUUAAAAGCUGAAGAAGUAGAAACAAUAAAAGAAACAAAACCUCAAGUUGCACUCAUAGAGGAUGAACUGAAACUCACAGGCACAGUCCAAAAAGAAAAAUUAGAUAAUGAAGGACCUGCUGAGUCCUCUGAUGAAGGCAUAACUACCACAGAAGCUGAGGGUGAAUGUGAGCAGACGCCUGAAGAACUGGAACCUGUGGAAAAGCACAGAGUUGAUGACAAUGAGAAGUUUGAAGAUGAAGGAACUGGCUUGGAAGAAUCAUCUGAAGCAGGGGACUAUGAAGAAAAGGCAGAAACAGAAGAAGCUGAAGAACAAGGAGAAGAUGAGGAGGAAAAGACACCACUGGACACCACAAAACAGUAUAUGGAGGAAGUAAGAAAAAUGGAAGAGAGUUCAGAAGAAAUACUGGCUGAAGCAGAAACUAGAAUUAAAGAUGAAAAAUAUAUUGAAAAGGCAGACUAUGAGGCAUCAGAUGAACGGGCUGAGGAAGACAGGGAAGAAGCAGUGGAAAAGGCAGAAACUGAAGAAACUGAAGAAGAGGAGGAAGACAAAGCAGAAGAUGUCAGAGAUGAAGAAGAGACUGAAAAAAUAGAAGCUGAAGAAGAUUAUGUGAUGGCAGUGGUAGACAAAGCUGCAGAAGCUGGUGAAGUUGAAGAUAAAUAUGGCCUACUCAUAAUUACACCAACUAAACGCUCAGAACCUCAGUCUCCAGCAGUUGAGCCGGCUUCUUCUAUCCAUGAUGAGACAUUACCUGGUGGUUCAGAAAGUGAAGCCACUGUUUCUGAUGAAGAAAAUAGAGAAGAUCAACCUGAAGAAUUUACUGCUACUUCAGGUUAUACACAGUCUACCAUUGAAAUAUCCAGUGAACCAACUCCAAUGGAUGAAAUGUCUACACCCCGGGAUGUCAUGAGUGAUGAAACUAACAAUGAGGAAAGUGAGUCACCCUCUCAGGAGUAUGUGAACAUUACUAAAUAUGAGACAUCACUGUACUCUCAAGAGUUUGGUAGACCUAAGCUCUCUCCACUUCCGGAUGCUUUCAAUGGAUUAUCUGAAGGAUCCAAAACAGAGGCCACAGAAGGUAAAGACUAUAAUGCUUCUGCUUCUACCAUCUCACCACCUUCUUCAUUAGAGGAAGACAAAUUCUGUAAAUCUGCCUUCCAAGAAGUAUACCGGCAAAAAGAAAGUGAAAUCCAGGGCACUGCCAAAUUAGAAAUCAAAGAAACCUAUCCAGAAGAUGUUGGUGGAAAAUAUAGUCCAACCAAGAGUCCAGCUGAGAGUUUGUCCCCUCCAUCACCAGUUGCCAAAACACCACUGAGUGAACGCAGUGUGAACUUUUCCCUCACUCCCAAUGAGAUCAAGGUCUCAGCUGAGCCUGUCUCCUUUACUACAUUGCCUGAUGCACAUCAAGAAGUAGCUGAAGAGCAUUGUGCAAGCCCUGAAGACAAAACAUUAGAAGUAGCAUCUCCAUCACAGUCCGCUGCUGGUAGUGCUGGCCACACACCUUAUUAUCAGUCUCCUACUGAUGAAAAAUCCAGUCAGCUUUCUUCUGAACUCACUGAAAAGUCAGCAGAAGCUCCAGUUAGCUUUGAAUUCAGUGAAGUCAAAGAUGAGUCUGCAAAACCCAGAAUAAGCCCUAUGGAUGAGCCUGUGCCAGAUUCAGAGUCUCCUAUUGAAAAAGUUCUCUCACCUUUACGGAGUCCACCAUUAAUAGGUUCAGAAACCUCUUAUGACACAUUUUUGAGUGCUGAAGCAAAGUCUCCUAUCAGAGAUUAUGAAAGUCCUUCUGAGGGGAAAACUGAAAAGGAAAAAUCACCUGUUCAGAUUAGCCCAACAUCUGAAGCCAGCUCUGUGGGCCUUUUCCAAGAAAAGCAGGAUGAAAAAAGCCUAGAGUUCAUGGCAAUUAAAGAAGGCUUCAGCUUAGAAAGGAAAAUGGAGGAUACAGAGCCCAGCAGCUCUCAGUCUUCACUGGUCUUGGAUGAGCGGAAGUUAGCAGGUGAUCUCUCACCUACUCAAAUAGAUAUCGGUCAGUUUGGUUCCUUAAAAGAAGACACCAAAAUGUCAAUUUCUGAAGGCACUGUUUCUGACAAGUCUGCAACACCUGUUGAUGAGGUUGUAGCAGAAGAUACCUAUUCCCAUAUAGAAGGAGUUGCCUCUGUCUCUACAGCAUCUGUUGCUACUAGUUCGUUUCCAGAACCAACUACUGAUGAUGUAUCUCCUUCUUUGCAUGCUGAGGUUGGAUCCCCUCACUCCACAGAAGUUGAUGAUUCUCUUUCCGUGUCAGUUGUACAAACACCAACAACAUUUCAGGAAACAGAAAUGUCUCCAUCUAAGGAAGAGUGCCCACGGCCCAUGUCAAUUUCUCCACCAGAUUUCUCUCCUAAAACUGCAAAAUCAAGAACACCAGUGCACGAUCUUAGGUCUCCUGAGCAGUCAACUAUGUCAGUAGAAUUUGGUCAAGAGUCCCCUGAGCAGUCUUUAGCAAUGGACUUCAGUAGACAGUCUCCAGAAUAUCCUACAGUAGGCACUGGUAUUCAUCAUAUAUCUGAAAAUGGACCAACUGAAGUAGAUUAUAGCCCUUCAGAUAUACAGGAGCCUACUUUUGAGCGGAAGAUUUCCCCUGUUGAGCAAACAUCUUACUCUCAGGAGAAGGAUAUUUCAGAAAUUAUUUCAGUUUCUCAAAUUGAAGCUUCAUCCUCAACUUCAUCAGCUCAUACACCUUCCCAGGUAACUUCACCACUGCCAGAGGAACCUUUUUCAGGUGCUGUUCCACCCAGAGAUAUGUCACUACAUUCUUUUACCUCAGAAAAAAUGCAUGGCCUGGGAGAAAAGCUGUCACCAAAGUCUGACCUAUCUCCAUUAACUCCAAGGGAAUCCUCUCCUCUAUACUCUCCUAGUUUUCCAGAUUCACCUCCUGCAGUCACAGAAGCAAUGUCAGCAAGUCGCGCAUCAUCAUUGUCACUGCAAGUAUCCUCUGACAAAGCGUUUGGCUAUCAGACUGGUAUGUUGGAAGAACCACUAACAAAGCAUAGUCCAGAACCUUUAGCCACUCCAGAAAAAGAAGAUUCAGAGAAAAGCAGCAGGUCACCAGAAGAACUUAGUUAUUCUUAUGAGGCAGCUGAGAAAACUACAAGAUCACCAGAGGAUAUUAGCUACUCCUAUGAGGCAACUGGAAAACCUACCAGAUCACCUCAGGCCUCAGAUUAUUCCUAUGAGGCAACAGGGAAAACUACAAUGUCACCUGAAACCACAGAUUAUUCCUAUGAGAUAACUGGGAAAACUGUGAGGUCACCUGAGGCCACGGAUUACUCCUAUGAGAUGACAGGGAAAACCACCAGGUCACCUGAGGCUGAAGAUUACUCCUAUGAGACAAUGGGGAAAACCACUAGAUCACCAGUGGCCACUGAUUAUUCCUAUGAAACAACAGGGAAAACCACCAGAUCACCUGAGGCUGAAGAUUACUCCUAUGAGACAAUGGGGAAAACCACUAGAUCACCAGUGGCCACCGAUUAUUCCUAUGAAACAACAGGGAAAACCACCAGAUCACCCGAGGCCACAGAUUACUCCUAUGAGACAAUGGGGAAAACCACUAGAUCACCUGAGGCCACAGAUUACUCCUAUGAGAUAACAGGGAAAACCACCAGAUCACCCGAGGCCACAGAUUAUUCCUCUGAGAUAAUUGGGAAAACCACUAAAUCGCUUGAGGUCACAGAUUAUUCCUAUGAGAGGACUGAAAAAGCUACCAGAUCACCUGAUGCUGUGGAUUACUCUUUUGAUACAACAGGGAAAACCACUAAGUCACCAGAAGCUAUUAGCUACUGCUAUGAGACAACAGGGAGAACCUCCAGGUCGCCUGAGGCCAUGGCUUAUUCCUAUGAAACAACUGGAAAAGCUACCAGGUCACCCGAAGAUACGGAUUACUCAUUUGAGACAACUGGGAAAGCCACCACCAGGUCACCCGAAGCUACUAGCUAUUCCUAUGAAGCAAGUGAACAUUUUACUCCAGGAAAAUCAUUAGCAGAAUCCCGUCAAGAUGUUGAUUUAUGCCUUGUGUCCUCCUGCGAAUAUAAACACCCUAAAACCGAACUUUCACCCUCAUUCAUCAACCCAAAUCCCCUAGAGUGGUUUGCAAGUGAAGAACAGUCUCAAGAUCAAGAAAAACCAUUAACUCAAUCUGGAGGAGCUCAGCCACCUUCUGGUGGAAAACUGCCAGCACGGCAGUGUGAUGAAACACCUCCCACAUCAGUAAGUGAAUCUGCCCCAUCUCAGACUGACUCGGAUGUUCCUCCUGAGACAGAAGAGUGCCCUUCCAUCACUGCGGAUGCUAACAUUGACUCUGAAGAUGAGUCAGAAACCAUUCCAACGGACAAGACAAUUACAUACAAACACAUCGAUCCUCCGCCUGUCCCAAUGCAAGAUCGCAGCCCUUCCCCUAGGCACCCUGAUGUCUCCAUGGUGGAUCCAGAGGCUUUGCCCAUUGACCAGAACUUGGGCAAACCUUUGAAGAAGGACCUCAAAGAAAAGACAAAAACAAAAAAGCAGGGUACUAAGACCAAGUCUUCCUCUCCUGCUAAAAAAAGUGAUGGUAAAUCAAAACAAGUGGCUUCCCCAAAGCCAGCUGUAAAAGAAUCUUUAGACAAAAUUUCCAAAACGGCUUCUCCGAAAAAGAAGGAGUCUGUUGAGAAGGCAACCAAAAAUAUCUCAAAUCCAGAAGUAAAACCUCGAGUGGAAGAGAAGGAUAAGGACACCAAGAAUGCAGCAAAUUCAACAACAUCCAAGUCAGUGAAGACUGCAACUACAGGACCUGCAAAUAGUAAGUUGACAAAAUCAACAGCUGUGCCCCCAGGACCCCCAGUGUACUUGGAUCUGGUAUACAUCCCCAACCACAGCAACAGCAAGAAUGUUGAUGUUGAGUUUUUCAAGAGGGUCCGGUCAUCUUACUAUGUGGUGAGCGGGAACGAUGCUGCUGCCGAGGAGCCGAGCAGGGCAGUUCUGGACUCCCUGCUGGAGGGCAAGGCCCAGUGGGAGAGUAACAUGCAGGUGACCUUAAUCCCAACCCAUGACUCAGAAGUGAUGAGGGAAUGGUACCAAGAGACCCAUGAGAAACAGCAGGACCUCAACAUCAUGGUUUUGGCAAGCAGCAGCACUGUUGUUAUGCAAGAUGAAUCUUUUCCUGCAUGCAAGAUUGAACUGUAAGAACAAGACCAUGCACCACAACAUUAAACUUUGUUUCCAGAAAUUCUUCAAUUUGAAAACACCUUUUCUAAAAAUUCAACUCAUCUAUUUCAACUGCUGAACUAUAUACCUGCCAAAUGCUAUACUGUGUCAAGGUGAUGCAAAUCACUAAUAUUUUUCCGUCUUUGCUGAUUGCUAAGGGAAAUAACAGUAUUCCCAUACUAGGGUUCAAAUUACUGCGAAAAAACAGAUCCAGUUUCAUCUCCGCUGAACAUUUGGAAACCAUGCACUAGCAACCCCAACUGACUUCUGCCAGGUAGAGGCAUUUGCCCUCUAAAGAAACACAAAGAGAGAGAAAGAGAGAGAGGGGUAGGAGGAGAAAGUAAUAAAUAAUUAGAUCUGCAUUAGUCUCAUGGCAAUAGAUGUAUCGCUUACUGCAGUCUGCUUAUACUCUAACAUAAAAAGAAACUUUUAAAUUUAUGUCAAUCUGAGCUAUUGCAAAGGGGGUCCUUACUUUACAGAAUUAAGUUAGCUGGAAAAUAAAAAGAAACGGAAUGUGGCUAGGAAGCGACAUACAACCUAAACACUCAUUAGCAGUUAUCCACUUUAAUUUGAACUCUGCAUACUGACAUGCCAUAACAAUCAUAGACCAAAUAUGCAAGCAGUUUGAACCCCGUUCAGAAUUCGAAAACCUUUCUUUCCACAUGCAGACAUGUUGGUCUAAGGCAUGCUCCCAGUGAAAAUCCACUUACUAAACUCACAACUGACCAGUCCACAUGCUUAAACACCCACGUCAACAGCCAAUUAACUGAAGCAAAAUACCAAAGCAGUUGGGAGUACAUACAGUAGACAAUUUGCCUUAGAAAGUGACUUGAAUGUACAAAGAAACUUGAUGCACUUAUUUUUUAAUGUUGAGACAGCAAGUUUAUAAAACAUCUGUGUAGGAUCAUAGUUACACCAGUAAAGAAGUGUGAGUGUGCAUGUGUGGUACUAGAAGCCUAUCUGACUGGUCAAGCGGCUUGGUGCUAAGAAUUACGUGCGUUAGUUACGUGGUCACUUCAUUGAUGCACCCGGACAGCUCAACAAGGCAAGAGGAGCAUUUUUUCUGAAAGCUUCUUUUGUACUGUGGAAGCAAGAUUGAAGUGGUGUCCAGUAUCAGAGUUGCAAAACUUAGCGAAACAUUCAGGAUGAUGAGAAAGGUCACCUGCGAGUCUGUACAGUAUUCAAUCUUCCUUUGUCUUAUCUUAUUUUGUUUAAUUUAAGAGUGAAUAUGGGAACAAAUGUACAGAUCCUUUUUUUUAGUGCUGCGUGAACUUUUAAUAGAUGAAUUUUUAACAAAAGUUUUCAUUUACAGGAAAAUGCAAAGAAAAAAUUUUCAGGUGAAGGCAAAUUUUUUUAGUAGUUUUAUAAGAUAAAUGAAUAAUGUUGUUUAAGGUUCUGGUGAGAAUGAAUAUUGCGGUAACAUUUAUUGAAAAUAGACAACUGCCAAUACCUUGGGGGAGGCGGGGGGUGCCCUGGUGAUAAAAUUAACCUCUUGAUGAUAACAGAAAUAGAGAUUUGAAAAGCUGAUUGCCUAAUGUUUACAAGGACGUAACCUGGAUUCUCAACCCUUGGAAGAUCUUGAAGGAAGGUAGAAUAAGCAAUGAUAAGCUAAAACAAGUCACAUCUCCCCUUCCUUUCCUCCUUCCUUUCCUCCUUCCUUUCCUCCUUCCUUUCCUCCUUCCUUUCCUCCUUCCUUUCCUCCUUCCUUUCCUCCUUCCUUUCCUCCUUCCUUUCCUCCUUCCUUUCCUCCUUCCUUUCCUCCUUCCUUUCCUCCUUCCUUUCCUUCCUCUUUAGCUCACUUGCAGAGGAACAGCAUAUACAACAGUUCCAUAAUUUAAGGCAGUUUGGAUUUUUUAGUCUCAGAAGCUUUACCCAAGUGAAAAUAUUGUUACGUUGUAGGACGUUUGUGAAUCUGAAUAUGAAGAAGGUGUAAAGGCCUCCAAAAUGGAGAUAUGUGCUGGUCUCUAUGAUUCACCAUUGUGGCUGUUAUUAAGUUUCGUGAAGUAGUGAAUUAUGAUCUCGUUUUAUUUUCUUUACUUAUAAUUUAUUUCAAAUUUGCAUUGAUAGGAUUUUUUUUUAACAGGUAUAUGUUUGCACUCCUAAUUUUUAUGAGGGUUUUUUUGUAUACUGCUUUAGGGCCCUUUAAAUAUGGGCUCUUAAGGCCCAUUUAAUGCUGUGAAUUACUGUUUGUCAGUUGUUGGGGUUUUUGAUUAAUUUUAAAUGUUUUCUUUCUUUUUUAGGUAUCUCUAGCAAUGCUGUUUUAUUUAUUGCUAUACCUUUUAAGUCCUUACGGAUAACUUAGAAUGACUAUGGCACAAAAGGCAGAUGGAAAUGUAUUGUGAAAACAAGCAUGUUGGCUGGGUUCAUAAUCGUUUACUUAAAAUCGCUUUUGUAAUACAUAGUCUUCAAAGUUACAGGCAAAAUAUUUGGCAGAAUAGUUGUAUUAUUUCUACAAUUCUUUCUGCUUUGUCUACUUUCUUAUAUAGGUAAGAUUUCAAACUUUGAGUGGGUGGGAACAGAUUUUCUGAUUCUCUGAGAAAAUCCGAAGCAGUUUGUACCUCCGCUUUGGCAGAAAAUCUGUUUUAAGUAUAGCAGUGGUCCAGAGACUAAUCUCACUUAUGCUGCUGUAAAUCAGCAACAAUUUCACUGCAAUCAGUGAAAGUUACAGUUAUUUGGUCCUACUGUAAAUGAAAUUUGAAUCAAGCCUUAAAUUUCCCCGAGUAGGUUUGUGAUGGCUCAAGUAUUUGUUUUUUUUUUUUUUUUUUUAAAUAGGCAGUUACAGCCAAUCUUAAAAGGUACAUUCGUUUUUUGCUGCUACAAGGAUAUUAAAAACCCAGUCUGGCUGUUCUGAGGUACUGUAAUGCCUGUUCCAUCCAUUCCCUUUUAAACGACAGCCACACCUGGGUGUAAUACGGAUACGAACUCCUCCAUCAGCUCCUCUUGCCCUUAAUGUCUUUCCUGCCUGUGGAACUAACCUAACUGUGCAAGUCCUAGUGCUGCACAAUUAGUUUAGUAACAGUCAUCAAAAUGUACCGUGUACAUUAACGAUGAGUGCUGUUGAUCAGCAUAGAUUUCUAGGAGCAUGGUUUGAUAUUGAUUACUCUAAUUAUAAAGGUUCAAUAUUUGAGUGUGAAGGACACUCCAUUUAAAUGGUGGUAUUAUCCAUAACAGCAUCCCCAGUCAUGAUCUUUGUGCUAUUACUCUACUGCUAAAUAAAAUUCAAUGAAGAAUUAACUUUAGAGAUCACAUCCCACUCCUGAACUUGAACAGGGCCUCUCUUGCAUGCCUUUUCCAAGUCUUGUGGUGGGCCUGGCUUCAUUGACCGCUACUUUUCACUCCAUCUUUCGUAGAAAUCACUUUUGAUUUUUUUUGAUUACCUGACAUACUGUGGUGAAUGGAGCUAACUGUGUAUAUGAAUGUUUUUUUUUUAAUUGUCUAUGAUAGCUUACGCAUUUUAGGAGAGUCCCGGUACUCAUUUACUAAGAUUUAAUCAAUUUUUAAUUGAAUUUUCAAUCCCUCCCACCACAAGCAAGUCUGCUCCAACGAGCACUUACUGUGCAUUUGGGACAUUUCUGUCAUACGCUUCUCUUCGUUCAUCUGUCGCCAGAGGUUCUUGCUCAGUGAUGAUGUUUUGAGAGAAAUAGUAAUUUUGUUGGUCUGGAUUUAUUAGAAAAGGAAGAAGUAUAAUGUUUACACUUGAAAGAAACUGUAAGCUUUCAUCUUUUCACUUCAUAAUUGAACAAAACACUAAAAGCAACUAGGGGUAAGCAUUUCUUAGAAUGCAAUUAUAUUAUUCACCUGGUUUAAAAAUGUUUGCUAUUUAAAAUUAAAAAAAAAAAAAAAAAAAAGUCCGUUUGUUGUGACUUUACAAAAAAAAUCUAAAAAGCUAAAUAACUAAACAAUGGCAUAAAAAUAUUGAAAGAAAAAGAAAAAAAAAGAAGAAAAAAAAGAAAAAGCUUCUCUGCACUAGACUAGCUAGGAGCUCCAGAUGGCAGGAGCUUCCUCUUCAAGACUGGGCUGUAAUCACAACUGUAAAAGAGCAAAUCUGAAGUACGCUUUCACACAUUUGCAUGCAGCCGUUUUAUCUUCCUACCCGUGGAAAGAAACAGUCUUGUUGCUGGCUGAGAAGCACCUCACACACCUCCUCUCUCUUGUUCUGAAUGGUGUUUGUGUCAGUCUGCAGCUGUGUAUGGUAUUAUGUCUUAUAAUCCUGCAUCACUUCUAUUCUAUCCAGUCAUAUCUAAUGUAGAAAAUUAGUUUCCAGUGAAAGUAAUAUGUAGUGCUUUUAUGAUAUUUGUGUGCAAUAUCCCCUCUUCCAUUGAGGAUAUUUGAUGUAAAGGAAACCAACUCAGUUCCACAAUAAAAUACAAAAGUGGUAAA